AUGUCUGACGCAGGGUACAUGCUCAUUUAUGAGCCCAAUGCCGCGUCGAAAACAUCCGUGUCUGAAUUGAAGACACUUUUGGAAAAGAGCAAGGACGAAGUCAAGAUUCUGGCUAUGAAAAGAAUCAUUACAGCAGUUUUGAAUGGUGAUCCAAUGCCUGAAUUGUUGAUGCAUAUCAUUCGUUUUAUCAUGCCCUCGAGAAACAAGGAAUUGAAGAAGUUGUUGUAUUUCUACUGGGAGGUUUGUCCAAAGUUAGACAACCAAGGUAAGAUGAGACAUGAAAUGAUUUUGGUAUGCAACGCCAUUCAGCACGACUUGCAGCAUCCAAAUGAGUACGUGAGAGGUAAUACUUUAAGAUUCCUCUGCAAAUUGAGAGAGGCCGAGUUGUUGGAGACAUUGAUUCCAAACGUGCGUCAAUGUUUGGUUCACAGACAUGCUUAUGUGAGAAAGAAUGCAAUUUUCGCUCUUUACUCCAUUUAUAAGGUUUCGAGCCAUCUUAUUCCCGAUGCUCCUGAAUUGAUUUACAGCUUCUUGGUGGAAGAGUUUGAUUCAGUGUGCAAGAGAAAUGCAUUCGUGUGUCUCAGUGAUUUGAGUAGAGAUGCUACUUUACUGUACAUCCAGGACAACAUUCACCAAAUCGAAACAUUGGAUUCCCUUUUACAACUCGCCUUUGUCGAGUUCAUCAGAAAGGAUGCUCAGACGGCUGUCAAUUUGAGACAGCAAUACGUGCUUUUGGUAUCUGAGAUUAUUGAAUCAUCAUCCAAUGUUGUCGUUUACGAGGCUGCAAUUACUUUGAUCUCCUUGUCAGCUUCAUCUGACUCCAUGAUUUUGGCCGGCAAUAAGUUUGUUGAGCUCGCUACUAAGGAAGCUGAUAACAAUGUGAAAAUCAUUACAUUGGAGCGUAUCAGUGAGCUUAACAGAAAGAGUCCGGGCUUGUUGCAAGGCUUGUGCUUGGACAUCUUGGGUGUUUUAUCCACCCAGGAUAUCGGUGUGCGUAAGAAGGCACUUGACGUGACAUUACAAUUGAUCACAAGCAGAAACGUUGAAGACGUCGUUAAGUUGCUCAAGAAAGAAUUGCAGAAAGCCUCUGCUUCCAACGAAGACAACGCCGCCGAAUACAGACAGUUGUUGGUGAACGCUAUCCACAAAUUGGCGAUCGACUUCAGCGAGGUUGCGACAAAUGUCAUUGACUUGCUUUUGGAAUCGAUUGGUGAUCUCACAAAUGCUGCAGCUUACGAUGUGAUUACAUUUGUCAAGGAAGUUGUCGAGAAGUUCCCAGAUUUGAGAGAAUCGAUCAUCCACAAGUUGAUUAAGAGCUUGUCGGAUGUCAAGUCAGGCAAGGUGUUCCGCGGUGCAUUCUGGGUCUUGGGUGAAUACUCAUUGAGUGAACAAUCGAUCAAGGAUGCCUGGAAAUUCUUAAGAUCUAGCAUCGGUGAGGUCCCUAUUUUGGCCAGUGAAAAGAGACAGCUUGAGGGAUACUCGGAAGAGGCCGAUGAGGAUGAGAGCGGUGAAUCCUCAACUAAAUCGAAGAAGGGUCCCGUAGUUUUGCCAGACGGAACCUACGCCACAGAGAGUGCCUUGAGUGCGCAAACUAAUACGAGCGAUGAUGAGGACUCGUUCCGUAUUAGAAAACUUAUCUUGGCCGGUGACUUCUACUUGGCUUCAGUUUUGGCAUCUACGCUCGUCAAAUUUGUCUUGAGAUUGGGACGUCUAGAAACUGCUGAUAAACACUUGAAUGCAUUGAGAGCCGAGGCAUUAUUGAUCAUGGUGUCCAUACUAAGAGUCGGUGAGUCUAGCUUUGUUCUGAAGAGAAUUGAUGAAGAUUCUGCUGACAGAAUUUUGGCUUGCAUUAAAUUUUUAACCGAUGACCAGGACCACGAUCUCAUUGAAAAGGGAUUCUUAGAAGAUACCAAGGAUGCCUACAAGAGCCAGGUGCAAACGGCACAGAAGAAACAGGCUGAGUCCGAGGCAAGAGAUUUGCAUGACAACGCUGAGCAUGUUGAUGACGCCAUAGUGUUCAGGCAGCUCGACAAGGACGGCGGUUCUACAGAUGCCCUUGGAGAUGACCUCACGGGCGUCGCUGGCGUUGUCUCCAAGAAAGAGGGACUUUCGUCGAGGCUCAACAAGAUUUUGCAGUUGACUGGUUUCUCUGACCCAAUCUAUGCUGAAGCAUAUGUCAAGGUGCAUCAGUAUGACGUUACAUUGGAGGUUUUGUUGGUUAAUCAAACGACAAACACUCUCAGAAAUCUUUCAGUCGAGUUUGCUACAUUGGGAGAUUUGAAGGUUGUCGACAACGGUGCAACCGCCAACAUCGGGCCUCACGGAUUCUACAAUCUUUCUGUCACUGUCAAGGUUACAAGUGCUGAUACCGGCGUGAUCUUUGGUAACAUUGUCUACGAUGGUCAGCACUCGGAUGAUUCUACCAUCGUCAUCCUCAACGAUGUUCAUGUGGACAUAAUGGACUACAUCAAGCCUGCUUCUUGUACUGAGAGUGCGUUCCGCACUAUGUGGAACGAGUUUGAGUGGGAGAACAAAAUUACUAUUAAAUCGAAGAAGGCAUCUUUGAAAGAAUACUUGGACGAUUUGAUGGCAGGAACUAACAUGAAUUGUUUGACGCCGGGCGCUAUAAUUGGCGAAGAAUGUCACUUUUUGGCCGCCAAUCUUUAUUCUCGAUCCUCCUUUGGUGAGGACGCCUUGGCUAACUUGUGCAUCGAGAAACUGGCCGAUGGAUAA